CAAGAGCUACAGUUUCGGCGUUUCUUCAAAUUUACGCAACGGCAACCCUGUUCUGUGGCGUCCGUAGCGAAAGCGUCUGUCAACGAAGGAAGGAUCAUGGCUCUCGGUCCUCUCAAGAUCAAUCCGGUGGCUUUAAACCGGCUGAAAGCCUUCCUGAAUGAGCCGGCGUACAAAGAUGCGACGGAGAGCUCAUCGGUGUGCAACACCCGUCUGGUGGUGGAGCGGCGCCUGCGACUGCCCUUCCUGGACGCCCAGACUGGGGUGGCGCAAAGUGACUGUGCCCUGUGGAUGGCGCGAUGGCAGCGAAUGCCGGGACAUGCCGAGGGUCAGCUUUACUCGUACCCGGCACGCCGGUGGCGCAAGCGCCGCCGCCAGUACCUCAUGAAUGACCGCUACCUAGGCGCCACACGGCUGCGAGAACAGCCGCCGGAAUACGGGGAUGCAGACAUGCACCAGAUCAGCGUGGUGGAGAACGUGGCAGCACGGCCGUCGGAGGGAAUGGACGAGGCCGGCGACAAGGCCCCGGUGGGUGGCGAGGACUCGAACCAGUCGUGGUACUUGGACGAGGCCCAGGAGUCUGCAGCCGCCCUGUUGGAAGCUACCGCGGUGGCCGACUUCCCCGACGAUCCCGAGACGGACACCGAGGACUAUGACGAGACGUACACGCGCAAGAAGAAGAAGAAGCCUAAGAAUGCUGGCCAGAAGAAAAGGACCCGCAUUGAGUACACGGAUGCCGAAAAACCGUACAGUUGCGAAAUAUGUGGUGUGCGGUAUAAGACACGCCCGGGCCUGUCAUACCACUAUGCGCACAGUCACAUUGCGAGCAGCAGUGGAACCAGCAGCGGUAGCACAGCCACCAGCACUCCGGUGGAACACCAUGCACCUCCAGCUGCCACCCAACAGGAGGACAGCUCGAGCAGUGCACCCUCUGGUGGGGAGUUUGGUGGUGGCCGUGGUGGUCCUGCCUCGGGCGACAGCCCCUUGGCCGGGCUGCGCAAGUUCCAGGACUCCUUCCUCUCCUUUCUCAAGACACCUCAGGGGGCCCCCACUGCGGAGGACAUUGGGGCACCUGCCCCCCCGCAGCCCCCACCUCCCCCGCAGCAGGGCCGCAGUGCCAGUGGCAAGCCCCUGGCUAACCCAAGCCCCUACUGCGACUUCUGCCUGGGUGACAAUGGCGAGAACAAGAAGACGCGACAGCCUGAAGAGCUUGUCUCCUGUUCCGACUGUGGCCGAUCGGCGCACCCGUCGUGCCUUCAGUUCACGCCCAACAUGACGGUGUCGGUGAAGAAGUAUCGCUGGCAGUGCAUCGAGUGCAAGUCCUGCGGCCUGUGCGGAACCUCGGACAACGAUGACCAGCUGCUGUUUUGUGAUGACUGUGACCGUGGCUACCAUAUGUACUGCUUGCAGCCGCCCUUGUCCGAGCCACCCGAAGGCCUAUGGAGCUGCCACUUAUGCGUGGAAGAGUACGGCCGUGUGGAGCAUCGACCAUCUACAGCCGGAGGUUCUCCCUGAGUCACAGUCUCAACUGCAGCGCACUGUGCGAACAGUUUUCAAGGGUAAUAAAGGACACCACCGAAAUGA